AUGGCCACCUUUGCCGAUCCACUCUUCAAGCGCCACGUGGCAAUCGCCAAGAUGAUGGCUGGCGUGGCUGCCAGGCUGGCAGGCAACCACCGCCUGCCCUUCAACUACACCGCCUAUGCUGUCCACCUAGAGCAUGACGUGGCUAGGCUGCAGGCUGACGUGGCAGAACAAGGCACCCCGUCAUCUCUCUCCGUGGCGCUGCUCUUUGCGUCUGUCUCUCACCUCCUGGCUGCUGCUCAAAGUAUUGAAGCGGAAAUCAAGGUGUGGAAACUGGUAUUCCAUGUUCAGGUGUGGUGCACAGCGGUGGGGAGCACAGCGGUGGGGUGCACAGCGGUGGGGUGCACAGCGGUGGGGUGCACAGCGGUGGGGUGCACAGCGGUGGGGGUGCACAGCGGUGGGAUGCACAGCGGUGGGAUGCACAGCGGUGGGAUGCACAGCGGUGGUAUGCACAGCGGUGGGAUGCACAGCGGUGGGAUGCACAGCGGUGGGAUGCACAGCGGUGGGAUGCACAGCGGUGGGAUGCACAGCGGUGGGAUGCACAGCGGUGCUUGGGGCAUUGAAUCUGCUCUGCACGUCUUACCAAACCCCUCGAUUGUCGCCUCGUGUCGUCCCUCCCACCUUGCAUCUCGCACUUCCCUCACUUCUUUCCUGCCAGCCCUCUUCUUCUCUUCACCCUUUCCUUCCACCUCACACCCCUCCCAACCAAGCACAACCUUCACCAACCCCACCCACACCCCUCGAAUCCCUCCCCUCCCUCACCUCACCCCCCUUCCUUCCGUCUGCCAGAGAGCAGCACAGCGUCUAGCAGCAGCAAUCGAAACGAGCAGCACUGCUUGCCAGUGCAGGGGGGGAACGUGUCCUAUGGAGGGCGCAUCUGGGAAAGGUGGCAACUUCCCGGCGUCCUUUGACGGGGUGAACGAGCGCCUCUUUCUGGCGGAGCGGGGGUUCCUGGACAGGCAUGGCAUCGGGCCUCAAUACACGUGGUUCAAGCACCUGGGAUUUGGAGGGGUUGAAUGGGUGUCUGUUGAGUGGGCGUUCCUACACGGGCAUGGCAUCGGGCCUCACUGCACGUGGUUCAAGCAGCUGGUGGGUGGAAGAAUGAUGGUACUCUCUGAGAAGGACAACGUCUAUGCCACGCCAGCAUUCCCGGCCAUCCGUGAUGCCAUUGCUGACUUCAUCAAGAGCAGCGCCUCUAAGGGAAAUCUCGAGGGUGGGGAGGAGUGGAGUGCGGUGCAGCAUGAGAUUUUCCGGGCGGCACGGGCAAUUGAGCGGGCGGCGAAGAUCCUCAAGGGGCAGCUGCUGUGA